AUGUUCGCGUUUCUGCUGUUCGCCACUCUCACAGCCACAGUGCUGGCUGAACUUCAGUCCACCUACAAGGAGAACGGCACUGUAGGAAGAGUUGUGGGAGGUUCAGCGGUGCCUCAUCACACCUCCUGGCCUUGGCAGGCCUCUCUCCAGCACUACUCUGAUGGUUCUUAUCACCAUUUCUGUGGAGGAAUUGUGCUCGGGAGCGAAUGGGUCAUGACUGCUGCUCACUGUGUGUACAGUCCCAGAUCUGUGCGAGUGGUCCUCGGCGAUCUCAUCCUUUUCCACCACAGCAACUCGGAGCAACACAAGAAUGUCGCCAAUGUAUUUAUCCAUCCUGAAUGGAACAAUGAGAGCAUCUCCUCUGGUAACGACAUCGCCCUGUUGCGGCUGUCGUCUAAAGCCACGAUGAACUCUUACGUGAAAGCGGCCUAUCUGCCUCGUUCUGGCGAGAUCCUGCCCCAUAACAACCGCUGCUACAUCACUGGAUAUGGACUUACUUCGACUGGUGGAGUUAUGUCAAACAGAAUGAGGGAGGCCUAUCUUCCUGUUGUCGACCACGAGACCUGCACCAGCUCCGGCUGGUGGGGUAGCACCAUCAAGACCACCAUGAUCUGUGCUGGAGGAGGCGCUCAGUCAGCAUGCAACGGUGACUUUGGCGGCCCUCUGAACUGUCUUGUUAAUGGAAAGUACUACGUCCACGGUAUUGCCAGCUUUGUGUCUGGUAUGGGAUGCAACGCAGCCCAGAAACCCACCGUGUUCACCCGCGUCUCAGCCUACAUUGAAUGGAUCAACUCGGUCAGUAAAAAAAAAAAAAGAUGCAAAGAUUUGCAUGUUAUAUAA